AUGUUGAUUUGUUUCAGUAUACAUGAGGCCAGAGGUAUAGAAGAAGAACCAGUGAAGACAUUAGAAAUGACAAGAAGGAAGAUUAAAAUCCAAAGAAUUGAAAAUGAGAGAGCAAGAAAGUCCACCCUUAAGAGAAGGAUGGCUGGCUUGUUUAAGAAGGUAAGAGAGCUUUCUGUCCUGUGUGGAGUAGAAGCAGGUGUCAUCAUUAAUAAUCGAAAGGAUGAUCCUGUAUUUUUUCCAUCUCACCAAGAGAUGGAACAAAUGUUCAAAAGAUUGAUGAUUGUACCAGAGAUGGAAAGAAACAAGAAAUUGGUGACCCAAGAAAGCUACCUUAAGGAAAGGGUGAAGAAAGAGAUGGACAAAAUUUCACGGGAUGAAAGGAAAAACAGCGAGAAAGAAUUGGAAGAAAUCAUGAACCAACUCAUUCGAGGUAAAGACCUAAAUGAACUUGAUGUAACACGGUUAAAUGGUUUGUAUUGGUUAUCAGCUGAGAAGCUAAAGCAACUUGAGCAAAGGAACCAAGAACUUGAUAGGCAGGGCUCUUCUGCACUUCCUAGCCCUCAGCUUCAACAGAAAGAUAGCCUUCCUCUUCAUCCCCUUCCUCAGGUAGCUCCUCCAAUGGCAGCAUCUGAAGAGGUUGGUCAAAUUCAUAGCCUUAGUGGAGACCAUAGGACCUCCAUUCAUGAGUUGGUGAAAAAAUCAAUGAAUGACCAGCACAUCUUAGAUCCAGCAGAUCAAGUAAAUGGCAUCACUGGUCCAACUGGAGGGAAAUACAUGGGGCUAUGA